GGCGCCUGACCGGCUUCAUACGAACCCGGCUAUGGCAGACAGGAGACGUGCUGCAGGUAGCUCCCCGGUCCCCCGGCCUCCUCAGAGGCAGACCAGCGAGGCAGAUUUCUUGGUGCAGGCUGGAGUGCGGACUAUGAUGCGGGAAGCUGUCCUCAAAUUGCUGGAAGCCAGGCCGGAGGAUCCAGUGGCCUUUCUGGCAGAUUACUUUGGGAAGCUCGGCCCGGGCCCUGCAGGUGGAGCUGCUGCUGAUCACGGUCCGCCGUUACCAGGACAACAGCGCCUGGCUCGUGCCCUGUGGUACCUCAAGCUGGCUCAUCACUCACAAAGGACUGCCUUUAACAACAAUCUGAGUGUUGCUUAUGACUGUCUCAGUGCUGGAGGAAAGAAAAAAAAGCCAGGUUUAAAUGGCAAGACUCACACUGACUUACUGACCAAAAUUUGUCAAGAUGGUGAUCUACCUAAAGAGACUUUGGCUGCUCUCCUUAAGAAGAUACAGUGCCGAGACCAUGAAGCUGUGCCAUUUGAUGUUUUCCGUUAUGGAGUAGUGACCUGCUUUGUAUUGAUAGAGUUCAGAUCCAAAGUGGACACUUUGUAUAAUAUUCUAGAUGAUGAUAGCAAGUCGGACCAAAAAGUUUGUCAAACAGUGCUGGACACUUUGGAAGAAGCUUUGGUUGCCAGUGGCUUAUCAGUCCCUGCUAGUUAUUUGGAAGCUGGUUCAAAAACUAGGACCUGAUUGUUUGGCCGUUGCCAUGCACCGUGCUCUUUUAGGUAAAACGGGUAUCCCUAUGAACCGCAGUGAAUUUUUAAAGGCAGCAUGUUCCCUCUUUCUUGAUAAAGUCAAACCAAUGCAUUGA